CAUAUAUAUAUAUAUACUGGCACUGUGUAUAAACACUGUAGUCAGGCUGUGCUGCGUUAUGUCAAAGCGCCGUCGGGGUGUGGAAACACCAUCAGGUGGCAGCAGGAGAUACAACCGUCAAACCUCUGGCUCCUGUUUUGCCUUAGCCUGUGACACAGUAUAGGAGACUACAGCCUCCAUGGAGGUGAAGGGGUUGAAAUGGCUCUUGUGCCCAGAAGUGACAAAAUCUGCAGCUUCUCUGCCUCGUCGGAGGCCUCGUCCUUUAAGGAUCAGCAUCCUCUGGGAUGAGAGAGUUCGUUAUCGAUGCUUCAUUAUUGAUAAACUCUGAAGUUUGUUCCCAAGGUCUGAAAAGUGGUGACAGGGGUGAUAUUUGCCAGAGCCUGAGCAGAUUGCAACGAAAGGGAACCAGGGGAAGGAGGAACAAGGGGUGAAGCAGAAACCACAUGAGUCACGGGCCACACAGACUGACUCACACACGUUCUGAGGUCUCCGUUUUGCUACCCUGAGUUUGAAAGAAUACUGCGGACAAGAUGGCCACAACCGGACUGUACAAAAUGGGUGAUGGAAGCAGCUAUGCAACUAACUGCUUCCCUGCCAGGAACAUUUUGCGCACAGAUAAAGAAGGGGCCGGACACUGGCUGCUAGCACGCGGAGCUACCCGGAGGUCCUGGAUCGAGCAGGGAAUCCCCAGCAAGACGCCCCAGCAGAGGAGAAAGCCCCAAAGUUUGGCCUCUGCAGAAGAAGACAAUAUCCUAGAUGAGCCAUUUCUGAUGAAGCAUCACUGUUUGAAGAAUCCAUCUGACCUGUGCUCUGUGAAUAUAAGCAACCAAAAUCUGGUCUCUGCUAAAGAAGAUGACUUUGAGAAAUUUGAUUGUGUUGCUUUUAUAAAUGCUGCAGAGAACCUGUUGACAUUAGAGGCAUUUCGGAAGUUUCCAGGACUGCGGGAACUAGAACUUUCCUUGAAUGGACUAAGAAAUCUGAAAAUUACUGCUGGAGACUUCCUGCAUUUGGAAGGCCUGGACCUCUCAUACAAUAACUUAUCCCCUGAGGACAUUUGGACAUUGGGAGAUUUGUCCCAACUCAAGGUCCUUCACUUGACGGCCAACGGGCUUCGGUCGCUGCCUCCCGACUUGGCAGGCUCGUGGGACUCUGCUCAUUUAAGGUUUCCGUCUCUAGAGGUCUUGUUGCUGGAUGACAAUCGCCUGUCAGACCCGAGCGUCUUUGUGAGCCUGUCUAAUCUCUGCAGCCUGAGGGAACUGAAUCUGGACAAGAAUGAGAUUUCAGCUGUCCCCUACCUGCAUCAAGCAGAGAGCACGAACUUCUUCCUCCACCCGGCGCUGGACGAUGACAGCUUCAGGGCGGAGUGGUACAAGUCCCUGAGCAGCCUCGGGCCGCAGGUCCAGCCACAGCAGUGCGAGGGCACGGACGUCCCAGCAGAGCUGGAGGCAAAGAAAGAGCAGCUCGAAUAUGUCGUGUUACAGAACACCAGGGAUCCAGACCGGACAGAGGUCGUUUUUAAUCCUGAUUCUCAAGAACGCCCGGUGCCGGGUGCUCUCGGCGAGGGAUGUCCGUCUGCCUUGAAGACUCUGCCUGCUCCCACCACGCGCAGAGACAUUUGUGCUCCCUUUCCUGAGCUGAAGCAUCUCAGCUUGGCCUUCAACAAGAUUGAAGAGGAGACAGAUCUCUUACCGGUGGCUUUCUUCCCGUGUCUGAAGGAGCUGACGUUCCACAGCAACCCUCUUACCACGACCAGGAGCGGGCAGCCGCCUCUGCUGACAAGGCUCCUCCAGGAAAAUUUGGGGAUUAAACUCGUUCGCCAGAGUGUGGCAGCGGAGAGGUGGCACCUCUCCAUACCUCUUAAGGCCAGCCGCAAGGUCUCGUCCCAUCUCCCGAAGGUUACGAAGCAGCCCCUGAUGCUGGAAGCUCCUGCUGAGACCUUUCUGCGGAAACCCGGGAGAGGAGCCGCAGCUCUGAAUCCGUCUGAGCCUCUGCCCCCGAUCAGACCGUCCGGGGAGCAGAGAGAGGGGCCUUGCGAGGAGCUAGAGGAGGCCGGGAAAGGCCCCCGCCACCCUGCUCUGCCUGACCCCCUUCUGCUGCACAGCUCUGCUUCGGCAGUGCGGGUUGGGGAAGCUCAUGUUGAUACUGAUGCCGACCUCGCUGGCGGCAGCGGCAAGCGGACACUGGGGGACGGAGAAUGUGACUCUAGGCCUUGUCCUGACAGAGCCGAGGAGGCCGUUGGAUCCUUCUUCAUGACGCAGGUGUAUGAGGCUGGGCUAUCAGCCGGCCUCUGCGGGAGGCCGGUGGAGGAUGUGCCCAGGCCCCCUCUGCAACCUGUGGCAGAGGACGGGCUGGAGAGGAAGAGGAGCGAGCAGAGGGAAGAAGGAAGGUCCCCGGCUAUUCCAGAGCGAUACAGAGGCUACGAGGAGCUGCUGGGCGGAGACACGGACCCAGAUUUCAUUGAGCCAGUUGGGAUACAGAAGAACGUCCAGGCGCUCAGCUACCUCCUGAAACACCCCCUGGUUUAUCGGGACUCCACGGCGCGGCUGGACUGCGUGCAGAAGCCCUACGUGCCUCGGAAAAAGUCUGGGAAGAUGCCUGGCCCUCCAGCCCGAAGGACAAGAGCAGAGGUACUGGACGGGAUCCUGAUGGCCAUGCGAAACACGACGACCAUCACUGAAGUCCCCCUAGCGUCUGUUUUGCGAGGGAAAAAAUCCAGCCCCAAAGCGUAUCGGGAGGCGCUGAGGCUAAUGCAGGACUUGCAGGAGGUGUACGAGGCUCCUCCAGCGGCCACCGGCGAGGAGCAGGCUCGGGAGAAGACCAGCUCUUUGGAGGAGCUGCAGGCAAUAAAAGCCCUCCUAAGGGAGGUGGCUUCCAAGCAGUGGAGCCCCAAACAGUUACAGCCGCCAAGGAAGAGGGUGGCCAAGGAGCUGCUCAAAGUGAAGUUUGCAGUGUAGCCGGUGGUUCAAUAAAGCAUCCCACACUUUUGUCCUCUUAGGUGAGGUUUUUUUUGUUAUUUUGUAACUUGUUUGGAGCCAGUUUUUUCCUCCU